UGUCAGAAUUCCGACAGCCCCUGAAGGCAGCAGCAGGCUGACUGGCUCUGUAAAGAUGGCGGACUGUAUACGUGUUCCUCUGCUCCUGCUUCUGAUGUGCAUCUUGUCGGCCGUGCAUCAUAUUCGAGGAGACAACAGUGUUGUCUCCAGACUUACUGGUAAUGCUGAUAACCUGCAGAAUCCCGCCGGGGGUCCGGGACCGGUUGCGGUCAUCCCGGUAGCCGCUGAGAGGAGCCUGGCUGCUGGGGCCUCGCUGCCUCGGAGGCGCUCUGCCGGCUGGAAGUUAUCAGAGGAGGCGGUGUGCAGGGAAGACCUGACCCGGCUUUGCCCCAAACAUUCUUGGAACAACAACCUGGCAGUGCUGGAGUGUCUCCAGGACAAGAAAGAGGAAACUGAGAUUGCUGCCGAAUGCAACCAUCUGCUGUGGAACUACAAGCUGAACCUGACCACCGACCCAAAGUUUGAGUCUGUAGCUGUGGAGGUCUGCAAGACGAUCAUCCCUGAGAUUAAAGAAUGUGCUGCGGAGGAGCUGGGUAAAGGCUUCCUAGUGUCCUGCCUGGUGGAUCAUCGCAGCAACAUCAGUGACUACCAGUGCAACCAGUACAUCACCAAAAUGACCAGCAUCGUCUUCAGUGAUUACCGGCUCAUCUGUGGCUUCAUGGACAAGUGCCGCGAGGACAUCAACACACUGCGCUGCGGCAGCAUCAGCAUAGGAGAGAAGGACAUCCACUCUCAGGGUGAGGUGAUCGCCUGUCUGGAGAAAGGUUUGGUACGGGAGGUCGAGGAGCAGGCUGGGGCACACACCAUCAAGGACGACUGUAAGAAGGCCAUCAUGAGAGUGGCUGAGCUGUCUUCAGAUGACUUCCACCUUGACCGCUACCUCUACUUCUCCUGCCGCGAGGACCGGGAGCGCUUCUGUGAAAAUACACUGGCAGGAGAGGGACGAGUUUACAAAUGCCUCUUCAAUCACAAGUUUGAGGAGACAAUGACUGAGAGGUGCCGUGAGGCGUUGACCACCAGGCAGAAGCUGAUUGCUCAGGACUACAAGGUGAGCUACUCGCUGGCCAAAGCCUGCAAGUCAGACCUGAGGAAGUACCGCUGCAGUGUGGACACCAACAUUCCCCGAGCUCGAGAAGCUCGCCUGUCCUACCUGCUUCUCUGUCUGGAGUCCGCUGUGCAUCGAGGUCGUGUGGUCAGUGGCGAGUGUCAGGGAGAGAUGAUGGACUACAGGCGGAUGCUGAUGGAGGAUUUUUCUCUGAGCCCGGAGAUAGUGCUGCAAUGUCGCAGCGAGAUCGAGGGUCACUGCUCCGGUCUGCACCGAAAAGGACGAACACUGCACUGCCUGAUGAGGGUCGGCCGAGGAGACAUGGGAGCCAUCGACCCCAACUGUCAGAGGGCGCUCCAGACUCUGAUUCAGGAAGCCGAUCCCGGAGCCGACUACCGCAUCGAUCGAGCACUGAACGAGGCGUGUGAGUCGGUCAUCCAGACUGCCUGCAAACACAUCCGCAAUGGAGACCCUAUGAUCCUAUCAUGUCUGAUGGAGCAUCUGUACACUGAGAAGAUGGUAGAGGACUGUGAACACAGACUGCUGGAGCUGCAGUACUUUAUCGCCAGAGACUGGAAGCUGGAUCCCAUCCUGUAUAAGAAAUGCCAGGGUGAUGCAGCUCGUCUCUGCCACACUCACGGCUGGAACGAGACCAGCGAGAUGAUGCCGCCGGGUGCCAUUUUCUCCUGCUUGUACCGUCACGCUUACCGCUCUGUGGAGCAGGGGCGCAGGCUCCCUGGUGGGCCAUCUGAAGCAGGAAACCAAGGUUUUACUCUCUCUCGGGACUGUAAGGUGGAGGUGCAGAGGAUUCUCCACCAGAGGGCACUGGACGUGAAGCUUGACCCUGAGCUGCAGAAACGCUGUUUGACCGACUUGGGGAAGUGGUGUAGUGAGAAGACUGAGGCAGGACAGGAGCUUGAGUGUCUGCAGGAUCAUCUAGAGGACCUGGUGUCUGACUGCCGAGAUGUGGUGGGAAACCUGACAGAGCUGGAGUCUGAGGAUAUUCAGAUCGAGGCACUGCUUAUGAGAGCCUGUGAACCCGUCAUCCAGGCCCACUGCCACGAGGUAGCUGAUAAUCAGAUCGACACUGGUGAUCUGAUGGAGUGCUUGGUUCAAAACAAACACCAAAAGGAGAUGAAUGAGAAGUGUGCGGUGGGAGUGACACACUUCCAGCUGAUUCAGAUCAAGGAUUUCCGUUUCUCCUAUAAGUUCAAAACAGCCUGCAAGGAGGAUGUCCUCAAACUGUGUCCCAACAUCAAGAAGAAGGUGGACGUAGUGAUCUGCCUCAGCACCACAGUGAGGAACGACACGCUGCAGGAGGCCAAGGAGCAGCGGGUGUCUGUCAAAUGUCGUAAACAGCUCCGGGUAGAGGAGGUAGAGAUGUCGGAGGAUAUCCGUCUGGAGCCGGAGCUUUACGACUCCUGUAAGCAGGACAUCACCAGACUGUGUCAGAAUGUGGCUUACGGCAACGCACAGGUUAUUGAGUGUCUGAAAGAGAACAAGCGUCAGUUGACUUCUCGCUGCCACCAGCGGAUAUUCAAGCUGCAGGAGGUGGAGAUGGUCGAUCCUGAACUGGACUACCAGCUGAUGAGAGUCUGCAAGCACAUGAUCAGGCGGUUCUGUACAGAGUCAGAGGGGAAGAACGUUCUUCAGUGUCUGAAACAGAACAAGAACAGUGAGCUCAUGGAUCCUAAAUGUAAACAGAUGAUCACGAAGAGACAGAUCACCCAGAACACAGACUACAGGCUGAACCCGGUGCUGAGGAAAGCCUGUAAAGCCGACAUCCCAAAGUUCUGUCAGCCCAUCCUGAACAAAGCAACCGCAGACAGCGAGCUGGAGGGUCAGGUCAUCUCCUGCCUCAAACUCAAAUAUGCCGACCAGCGUUUGUCUACAGACUGUGAGGAUCAGAUCAGGGUCAUCCUGCAGGAGUCAGCGCUGGACUACAGACUGGACCUUCAGUUGCAGAUCCAUUGCACACAGGAGAUCUCCAGUCUGUGUCCGGAGGAGGCAGCCGCUCAGGAGCAGACGGGACAGGUGGAGGAGUGUCUCAAGGUCAACCUACUAAAGAUCAAACAGGACCCCUGUAAGAAGGAGGUGUUGAACAUGCUGAAGGAAAGUAAAGCGGACAUCUUCGUCGACCCUGUCCUCCACACAGCCUGCGCUCUGGACAUCAAGCACCACUGUGCCGCUAUCCCACCUGGCAGGGGGCGCCAGAUGUCUUGUCUCAUGGAGUCGCUGCAGGACAAACGCAUUCGUCUGCAGCCAGAAUGCAAGAAGAGACUUCAGGAUCGCAUAGACAUGUGGAGCUACGCUGCCAAGGUGGCUCCCGCUGAGGGUUUCUCAGACCUGGCCAUGCAGGUGAUGACAUCACCAUCCAAGAACUACAUCCUGACUGUGACUGGUGCAGGUGUUGCACUGCUCUUCUUGAUGGGGCUGCUUUGCGGCCGUUUCACUAAGCGUGUCACUCAGGAGCUGAAGGACAGGUAGACCACGCCAACUCUGGGGUCUGAACACACCCACAGGAGAAACGACCACAGCUGAAAUAGGACCACCCCUCCCCAUCAUUUAACCCCCCUGACGGCAACAGAUAUUCUAUCUGCUUCUCCAUUUUGCACCCCUGUUUCAUUUCAAAUCACUUCCUGCUCUUCUUGAGUGACAUCAUUCACAGUCUCGCAAAUGAAAGUGGAAGACCACAUCCAUAUGGAUUUUUCUUCAGAUCUUUUUCAAUACAGAGCGCUGGGUCAUCCUGCUGUUUUAAAUGCGCUCACCCGAUGUAGAUGCAGUAUUACUUGACUUUUUUUUUUUUUUUCUUCCUCCCCCUGCCCCCGUUACCAUGGUGGGAGGGGUGGGGUUAGGAAAGGAGAGGGAGGGGGAGGAGGUAGUCUGGGGUUUAAGGAUACGGGGUCAAAGGUGAAACUUUAGGGGAGAGGGAGGUGGAUGCAAAUUUUAAGUGUAAAUGUGUAGAAAGUGGGAUGGGAAAUGCUCAUUUAUAGAGACUACAGUGUAUGUGUGUGUGACAGUCUGUAUGUGUGAGUGCAGGUUUGUGAAUGUGUGUAAUGCAAACUGUCUUUGAUCCACCACAUUCUUUUAGUUUGUCCUCCUGCUUAAAGGUUUUUGGGAUUGUUUGGCUCUGGAUAUAUCAAUUUGAUAAUUUUUUUUGGGGAUGAUGUGCUAGAAUUUAUUGCCAUGGGACUGCCAGGUGCCAACCAGCCAGCCCUCCACCGAGCCACAAAGAUGAGAAAAAGGAGGGUGGGAGCCAACUCUCUCAAAGCGGCCCUACAACAGGGAUGACUUGUUGAUAAAUUCUUUCUUUUUUUUAUUUGUAACAGCAGACCUGGCAACCUCCGCUCUCUUUUGAUACAGUCCGAAUAUUUUUUUUAAAAAGCCUAAUCUGUGCCGUAGCGCAUCACAUCCACCUGCCGCUCCCAGUUUAGCUGAUGUCACAGUCUUAGCAGCUGCUUGGGAAGUUCUGGCCUCGUUCCAUCACGCCACCGAAUAAAUAGUGAUCCCUGUCUGAAUCUGAACUGGCUGGAGCAGACAUAUUGGAAAAACAGGCUGUCUCUCCACCCUCUCGCUACCCUCUCCCCCACUCAUGACUCACAGAGUGGCUGUCGGUGUCACGCUGGUUGGCACAGAGAAGCUGAGAGCAAUGCAGGAAAAAAAAAAGAAGAAAGACAAAAAAAUACUCAAAAAUUAUCAUGGAGAUGUGAACAUUUUGUGUAAAGAUGAUACUGGAGUCAUAGCACAUUCUUAGUUCUUUUUUUAUAUCUAUAAAUAUAUAUAUAUAUUGUUUUGUCAUAGCCUUAUUUAUUUGUUUACUAAUGGACAAACUUUUUUUUAAUGAUUUGAAUGUUCUCUGGUUGCCUUUUCUCCAGCGAGUAAGUUUGGGAGGGAGGGGGGGAAGGUUUCUGCGUCCUCAAGGUUUCAACUUUCUCCAGCAGACUGCUAUUUCUUUCCCAAAGGGGGCAGCAAACGCCUCUUUGGUCAGCAGGGUGAGUUGUCACAAUAACCAGAACACUCAGUGACUGUUGAUCAGUGAGGCUCCACAUAAUCUGAGCUUGUUACUGAAAUAGACAAAUCCAGUCAUUACAUGGAUGUCUCGAAUGUGAUGAUACUUUGGGAAUGACCACUGCUGCUUCACUAUUAAAACCGAUGGGUGAUUUGGACAUUAAGACCAAACAGGAAGUUUGAUUUAACUGUUACCUAUUGUUCGGAUCAUGUAAAAGAUGUUGAUUUAUCUCUGUACGAAACAAAACAACUGGGCUGAUUCACGUAAUAAUAGAAAAUGCAAUAGUCAAGUUUGAGGCGUUAAAGCAAAGCAGACAACUGUGUGAUAUUUAGCAUUUUAAUUCUGAGUCAUUAAAUUCAUUGGCUGUUUGGCUGUGUAUUUGAUGCAUCAUUUGAAAUAUGAAAGUUAAUGUUGGCGGAAGAAGGCAGUCAAGGUUUCGCUGUCAGCGACUUUGCCGACUGUAAAACCACCAGAGGGGAAUGUGUCCCCUCCCAGCUCGAGCCUGUCAUGUGUAAUCGUGUGCACUGUACUGCGUGACAAACUGUAAACUACGCACCCUGCAGUUAGGCUGAACUGCAGAUUUUUGUCUCUAGUUGUUGCAGUUUGGUGAGGUGAGCGCUGCCCUCCCUGCUUGAAAGCGAGACGCUCCGAUUCAUUCAACUGCCUUUGCGUUUUUUUUAUCCCUCAUUUGACAUCCGUUUUAUCAAAGCGUGCCUACUCACCGUCCCGCUGAGGGAUCCCACUGUACAGAACAUCCCAGAACCCCCUGAGGCACCAAGCAGAGGGCCUGUGAGUGUGUGUUGGUGUUUGAUGGAUGAUGUGUGUUUGUGUGUGUGUGUGUGUGUUGCCCACAGAUUUCAGACAGAAUGCUGCGUGAUCUCUAGUCGAUUCCUUGCGGUCUUAGUUGUCCCAGGUGAUGGCGACCAAAACGUUUGAUUUAAAGUUUGUGAUGAUAAAGAUGUUUUUGUAAACAAUAUUUUGUGUCUGAAUCCGUGGAGCUCCUCAGUCAUCUUCUGAUUUAUUUUCUCCCUGUACACAUUUUUUGUUCUGUACAGAUGAAAAUUGGAAAGUUUGUUAAUAAUAAUAAAGUCUGCAAGGUUUCUAUUCCA